GGCUGGGCGUGGUGCAAGCGGCGCGGGUCCGGGACAGCUCGGUGCUGGCUGCGGCUAUGGCGCAUCGGUGGCGCUGGGCUCGGGCGUUGUUGGCGGCAGCGCGGCCGCUAUUUCGGGGCCGCGUGCUGCUCGUCACCAAUACGCUGGGCUGCGGCGCGCUGAUGGCGGCGGGCGACGGCGCGCGCCAGGCCUGGGAGGUGCGCGCGCGGCCGGGACAGGGAUUCAGCGCGCGGCGCUCGGCCAGCAUGUUCGCGGUGGGCUGCAGCAUGGGCCCCUUCCUGCACUUCUGGUACUUGUGGCUGGACCGUCUCCUGCCUGCCUCAGGCCUGCAAGGUCUCCCCAGUGUCAUGAAGAAGGUCCUGGUGGAUCAAGCGGUGGCAUCUCCCAUACUGGGUGUCUGGUACUUUCUGGGCCUUGGCAGCCUGGAGGGCCAGACUCUGGAAGAGAGCUGCCAGGAGCUGCGUGACAAGUUCUGGGACUACUACAAGGCAGACUGGUGCGUGUGGCCUGCAGCGCAGCUGGUGAACUUCCUCUUUGUGCCUUCCCACUUUCGAGUCACCUACAUCAACGGGCUGACACUGGGUUGGGACACAUAUCUAUCCUAUCUAAAGUACUGGGCUCCCCGACCCCCUGACGGUCCAGGCUGCGUGGCCCUAGGCACCAAAAGAGACUGAGCUGCAGCUGCACGCCGAUGCCUGGCACGGAGCAACGGACAUCCUCCCACAGGGAACGGACUAAAGCAGACUAGGGCUCUGGGCUCCCAACCGCAGCAGGACUCCAGGCAUAGUCACUUGAGUCUACACGAGGCCUCAGUUCUCCCAUCUGCAACACUGCCAGCAACACGGACCUUCAGGCCCGAUGCUUUCCAAUGGGAGCCAAAUGUGACCCAAGACCAAGAUGUCCUGAGCCCAGGGCACCACCAGCCAGCCAUCUCCAAAACCCAGCAGGGCCCUGAGCCAAGUGGCCACCCCUAGCAAGGACAUGGCCCAUUGCCUUGCAUUGGGGUCUGGCCUGGAGUCAGCUCCAAAAACCUUUACCGAAGGCUGUGUAGUGCUGUGGACAUUCCAUUAAAUUAUCUCUAAUUACAA